GCGGUGAAGCUGCCCUGGAGACAUGGCGGACCGGUGCCUCUGAAUAAGCAAAAAAUUAAGCGCGGGGGUGGGGGGCUAAAAAGGCUCUCCCCUUCCUCCCCCCACAGCGCAGUUAUGCUGUCCGGAAGUGGAGCGGCCGAAGGACAAAUGGUGCAGCAGCCUUGGGGGGCCUUGGACUCCUUCCCCUUAUGCCUGCUUUUUCGCGUUGCAUCCCAUUUUCUCCCUUGGCCUUAAGCUGAGAUAGCUGCCUCCUUCCCAGGAACACCCCGGGAAGAACCGCGGUCCAUCCUUCCAUCGGGUGGCUGCCUUCGUCCCUCCCUCUCCCCCCACUUCCCAUCUGUCUCCCUCCUUUCUUUCUUUCUUUCUUUCUCUCAUUCUCUCAUUCUCUCUCUCUCUCCCUUUUUCCCUUUCCUCCCCCGCCCUCCACCUGCCACCGUCAUCCUCCAAAGCUAUGGCCGCAGAAGAAGUCUUGGAGACUGUGGACCACUAUAAAUCCGAGAUUGUGCGGCUGACCAGAGAGCUGACAGAGACGACCCAUGAAAAGAUCCAAGCAGCUGAAUAUGGGUUGGUGGUCUUGGAAGAGAAGCUCACCCUUAAGCAGCAGUAUGAUGAGCUAGAAGCCGAAUAUGAUGUCCUCAAGCAGGAGCUGGAGCAGCUGAGGGAGGCUUUUGGACAGUCAUUCUCUGUCCACCGAAAAGUAGCUGAAGAUGGUGAGACACGGGAAGAGACACUCCUUCAGGAGUCAGCAUCAAAGGAAGCCUAUUACCUUGGGAAGAUUUUGGAAAUGCAGAACGAGCUGAAACAAAGUAGAACAGUGGUUACCAACGUUCAGGCAGAGAAUGAACGAUUGACAGCAAUUGUGCAGGACUUGAAGGAGAACAAUGAAAUGGCAGAGCUGCAGAGAAUUCGUCUGAAAGAUGAAAUUAGAGAAUAUAAGUUUAGGGAGGCACGGCUUCUUCAGGACUAUACUGAACUUGAAGAAGAAAACAUUACUUUGCAAAAGCUGGUUUCCACAUUAAAGCAGAAUCAGGUUGAAUAUGAAGGCUUGAAACAUGAGAUAAAAAGAUUUGAGGAAGAGACUGUGUUGCUUAAUAGCCAGCUAGAAGACGCCAUCCGGUUAAAGGAGAUUGCGGACCAUCAGCUUGAGGAGGCCCUGGAGACGCUAAAGAACGAAAGAGAGCAAAAGAACAACCUGAGGAAGGAACUGUCCCAGUAUAUCAAUUUAAAUGAUAGCAUGUAUAAUAAUCAUAUUAAUAUCUCAGUAGAUGGAUUAAAGUUUGGAGAAGAUGGAAAUGAACCUAAUAAUGAUGACAAAAUGAAUGGACACAUUCACGGACCUCACAUGAAACUGAAUGGUGACUUUCGGACGCCCAACGUUAGGAAAGGAGAAUCUUUGCACCCAGUCUCUGAUCUCUUCAGUGAGCUGAACAUCUCUGAAAUGCAGAAACUGAAGCAGCAGCUCAUGCAGGUGGAGCGUGAGAAGACUAUUCUCCUGGCUAAUCUUCAGGAGUCUCAGACACAGCUGGAGCACACAAAAGGGGCCCUCACUGAGCAGCACGAACGGGUCCAUAGGCUUACUGAACACGUCAAUGCAAUGAGGGGUCUGCAGAGCAACAAAGAGUUGAAAGAAGUAGAUUUUGAGAAAGGCCGAGAUUCUGGGGAAGAAACCCAUGAUUAUGAAGUGGACAUCAAUGGCUUAGAGAUCCUGGAGUGUAAAUACAAAGUAGCUGUUACAGAGGUGAUAGACCUCAAAGCCGAAAUAAAAGCCUUAAAAGAGAAGUACAAUAAAUGUGUGGAAAACUACACUGAAGAAAAGGCAAAGUAUGAGAGCAGGAUCCAAAUUUAUGACGAGCAGGUAUCCAGCUUAGAAAAGUCAAUGAAGGAAAGCCAUGAGAAAAUGAUGCAGAUGGAAAAGGAACUGCAAAGGAUUACAGGUGUUGCCAACGAGAACCAUAAUACCCUCAACGCCGCUCAGGAUGAGCUGGUGACUUUCAGUGAAGAGCUUGCUCAACUCUAUCAUCAUGUCUGCCUCUGUAACAAUGAAACUCCUAAUAGGGUUAUGCUGGACUAUUACAGGCAAAGUCGCGUUACUAGAAGUGGGAGCUUAAAGGGACCUGAUGACCCAAGAGGACUUCUAUCUCCACGGCUUGCCAGGAAAGGAAUGGCACCUGCUGCCGAAGCUAGGGCACCAGCUGAACAGGGUUCAAAAGAGAGCACAGAAGCCAACAAAGAGCCAAGUCCGACCAAGACACCCACUGUUUCUCCAGUCAUUACAGCCCCUCCUUCCUCCCCAGUUUCUGACACCAGUGACAUUCGGAAAGAGCCAAUGAACAUUUACAACCUCAAUGCCAUAAUACGGGACCAAAUCAAGCACUUGCAGAAAGCAGUAGAUCGGUCACUGCAGCUGUCCCGGCAGCGUGCAGCGGCCCGUGAACUGGCACCCAUGAUCGAUAAGGACAAGGAGGCUUUAAUGGAAGAAAUAUUGAAAUUAAAGUCCCUGCUGAGUACAAAACGAGAGCAGAUCGCAACCCUCAGGGCAGUGUUGAAAGCCAACAAGCAGACAGCAGAAGUGGCCCUGGCUAAUCUGAAGAAUAAAUACGAGAAUGAGAAAGCCAUGGUAACAGAAACAAUGACUAAACUGCGCAACGAGUUAAAAGCUUUGAAAGAAGAUGCAGCAACCUUCUCAUCCUUGAGAGCCAUGUUUGCAACCAGAUGUGAUGAGUAUGUCACCCAACUGGAUGAGAUGCAGAGGCAAUUGGCAGCUGCAGAGGAUGAGAAAAAGACGUUAAAUUCUUUGCUGCGGAUGGCUAUCCAGCAAAAGCUCGCCCUGACUCAACGUUUGGAAGACUUAGAGUUUGAUCACGAGCAGUCCCGGCGGAGCAAAGGCAAACUUGGGAAAACCAAGAUUGGCAGCCCUAAAGUAAGUGAGGAGGCAUCAGCCACCGUGUCAACCAUAGACACUUUCCUCCUGCAUAGUCAGGGCCCACAACCAGCAAAAAUACUGGUCAGCAGUGGCACUCAGAGGAAAAGACUAUUCUCACCUUCCCCUUGUGAUCAGAGCCAUUCCAGGACUUCAGGGACCUAUCUACUGCCUUUAUUAAGAACCCCCCCUGAUCACACCUCCACAGAAUCAUUUCUUCUGAGGGGCCCCCCUUCCAUGAAUGAAUCCUUCCAUGGGCACCGUCUCAGCAAGGAAAAAAGGUUAACCGUAGCCAUCCCAGUUCAGAGAUAAAAAUCCUGUCUGGUUUAAGAUAAGUACUGAAGCCUGUCAACCACAGGAAGAAUGGCAGAAAGGAUCCUAUGCCCCAACACUCAUUCAGAGUUUGUAAAACAUGGUUUAUGAAGUCUCAUGUAACACAUGACCAGUGCCCAUAACACUUUAGCCACUAUCUUUUAAAUUUCCUUUCUAUAGGUCCAUAUAUAUAAAAUAUUGGCAAAGCAAAAGAGAAAUAUAAAAAAGGAAAAAAGAGAAAUCUUAUGCAUACCUGCACAGCUAUAUAGGUAAAAUAGUGAUGGGUAUAUUUUUACACAAAAAAUAGUGUUAGCCUUUUUCUCAAAUGGCAUCCUGCAGGAACAUUUUGCUAAAAAUAAGUUGCUACUUUCCCUGUGAAUCAUGAUUGAAAAUGCACAUCUACUGAAGCUUAGGGAAGUAUUGCACACACAAGCAGAGCCAUAUCUCCCAUCAGCUCUAAUAGGAAUAUCUUUCUUCAACUGAUAUUUGCUGUAAUAGGAGGGCUUUGGCUGUUCUUACAUGUUUGACUUUCAACAACCUCCUAAUACAGCUUUUGGCCACCCAUGCCUGCUUUUGUAAAUCAGUUUUACUAGUUCAGAGGGGAUAGAAAUAUAAGCAGUCUCUUAACAUCAGGUGCAAACAUUCAGCGAAGCCAAUGUUUACCUUCAGAAGUUACUGACUCUCAAAAUGUUUCUAUAGUUCGUUUUGCAAUUAUUCCCAACCCAAAGCCAUGAUUUGAACUUAGUUUAAAAUGCCAGUUUGCUAUAAUAAUGUUUUAUUAUGUCCAAGCCUAUAAUCCUAGU